CGGAACUACAAGGUAGAUAUCUAACACACUACGUAUAUAUCCCUGAAUCUACCGUCAUCAUGCUUCUCGACGAGAAUCCCGCUGGUCUCAUCAACCACACCAUCGGUAACUUCAACAUCCACCCCGAUAAACAAGCCGUCACCCGCAUCAAUGACUCGCUCGCCGCACUACAACAAUCGCGCGAAUUGCGUACACGCGAAGCCGAAUCGGCCCUGCGCAAGCUCUCGCGGCACCUGUCCGCGCUGACGGCCCAGCAUGAGGAGGCCGUGGCGGCGCAUGACUCUGGCAAGCACGCGGCGGAGAUGGUCGAGCUGGACACGAAGAAAUUCCGUAUUGCCAAGUCGGCUACCGAGCUGGAGAUUGAAAGCGAGCGCUUAGAAGGCGAGCUGGAGAUGCUGAAGGAGCGACUGGCCGAUCUGGAGGCGCAGGGGUUGGAGGGCGAUGAACCGACGCGCCGCGAGCGCGAGAUGGAUGAUGCGACGCUGCUGCGAUUGAAAAUCUACCGGUCCUUGGGCGUGGAUAUCGAGGCGGACGAUGCAGGCAACUUCACCAAGGCGGUGAUCCGCAAUAGUCGCAAGGGCGAUGUGCAUGUGGUGAACAUUGACCCGAAGUUCUCGCGGUUCUUCUAUUCGAACUACUUCUGGUCGACGAUGCAGGGGUAGAUGUGUUUGAUGAGAUGGAUGGUUCGGAUGGCGUUUACGGAUAUACCCUGGCUUGAUAUGACAAUACUAUACUAUUAUUACAUUCUAUACGAUUUGCUCUAUAUUGAAG